CAGACAGACUUAAUAUGCUAAGAAAGAGAAAACAAGUUUGAGUUUGAGGUCACACAUUGUGGUGGUCUGUGACGAAGCCACUUUACCGUAGGUGAACUUCAGGUGAGAUACAGGGGAAGGAUGAGUAUACAGUUCUGAAGGUUAUCGUUUGCUGCUCACAGAGACACAAUGGGCGGGCGGUGGAACAUUGACUGAGGUCAUUGUCACAUUGCGUCAGUGUUGUACUUACUGGAAUAUAGUUGCCAGCAGCAGAAGGUGACAUCCUAGAAAACCAACCUGAAGGAAGGAAGUGCAUGAGAAGUUACUUAUCUUCCUUUUACCUGCCCAACAAAGAAACAGCCAUCCUACUUUCUAUACUGAGACCAGAUGGAACCCAUGUCGCUAUCUCCAAACGGGAGCAUUGAGGAAGUGGAGGACGGUCAUAUAGCCUACCUAGAUGGGGAUCUGGCACCCAAGGGCCUGCGGCGCAAGAGAGAGUUUAUCCCAAAUGAGAAGAAGGAUGCCACCUACUGGGAGAAGCGUCGCAAGAACAACGAGGCGGCCAAGCGGUCGCGGGAGAAGAGGAGGGUGAACGAUUAUGUGCUGGAGAGCCGCCUGGUGGCCAUGAGUGAAGAGAACGCCCGGUUGAACACAGAACUGCUGGCCCUCAAACUCCACUUUGGCCUGGUGAGCCCUGCGGCCUACGCUGCCCACCAGAACAGCCUGCUACGGCUCCGCCAUGCGAACACCUAUAGCCCCCAGUCUCCGCCACCCAGCAGCUCAACCCAGUCCCUGGACAGGGAUGUCUACUGGGGCUGGAGUCCCAGCUACAGAGACCCUUCCACCCUGCCCACUUACCACCACCAACCCUCCGUCCUGACUGGGCAGCCUGCCCCUGCCCUGAUCCAUCCACAUGCUCUACCAACCAGAAGGGGCUAUCCAUACAUCUUAGACAUGCCCAGUGUCCUCCACCCUGCAAACUCAUCCUCCCUUCUCCUGCCCCCGCUUCUCCCCCCUGCCCUAUCGUCGUGGCCGGGGGUUCCCCUGCUGAGGCCCACCCCUAAGAGAAGGUGUUCAGAUGAGGAGGGGGAACAGCAGGUCCCAGCAGCCUCCUCCAGCGGUGCAUUACCACACAAGCUGAGGCUGAAGACCCCCAGAGCUUCUACUGUCCUUAGGGAUGUCAGAGAUAGGGCCUCCCCCCCACUCCCGCUUUAUGUAUCUGACUGACCACACUGCACAGGGCAGACCAACCACAGCGCUGGAACAUUGACACCAAAGUUAUAGCAAAGACGUUAUGUACAACUUAAAACAGACAUUUGUUUGAUUUUUUAUUAUUAUUGUUUUUGCUUCUCUGCCAUGCUUCUUUAGUGUCCAAGUUAACGGGAUAAAAUCUAUUAUAGCAUACUUUACUGUCAAUUCUGCUUAAUUAGCCAGACUUUAAGUGUUUUAUAGCACUGAGAGACUCCAGUUCACUUACAGUAUGUAUGUAAAACUCAAUAUGGGCAGCCAAUAUAAUAAUUUGAUUUUAACUUU